CUUACUUUUGACACUGUGAAUGCCAUCUUUGUUUAUAGGAGCUUCCUUCUGAAACAAAGGCCUGGAGGUUGUAACUGCCUUUCUCUGAUCUCUGCUACAAGGAUGAGCCAUGUGUGUAACGGAGAAGGCUCAUGGACUGUUCUCUGCCAAGGCUUUUGCAGUCUUACUUUCCAAUUAUUUGGGCUGUAGAAACUUUUACAACUGACUAUAAAGCAAUUGGCAAAAUAGGAGAGGGAACGUUUUCUGAAGUUAUGAAGAUGCAAAGCCUGAGGGAUGGAAGCUACUAUGCAUGUAAACAAAUGAAGCAGCGCUUUGAAAGUAUUGAGCAAGUCAACAGCCUACGAGAGAUCCAAGCACUGAGGCGCCUGAAUCCACACCCAAACAUUCUUACGUUGCAUGAAGUGGUUUUUGACAGAAAAUCUGGUUCUCUUGCACUGAUAUGUGAACUUAUGGACAUGAAUAUUUAUGAGCUAAUACGAGAACAUGGCUGCAAACAAGAAAGGAAGCCCCAGGCCCUCUGGGUGUGCAUGAGAUCUGGGCGAGGAUGGCGGGAGGCAGCAGGGGCAGCUGUGCUGCAGAGCACCCGCAGCCAGCCCUGCCAUGGGCACAUGCGCACAGGCCUGCUGGCUUGGAGUCCUCUCUGCUCCCCAGAUCUGCUGUUGCUCAACAUUCUGUUCUAUGUCUCUAAGGCAGAGUUUUCCCUUCGCUUCUCACAGCUGCUGCCCAUGAUCGAGCUGCUGCCCCUGCCGCUGGCAACACUGCAGAAUAAAGUUUACUUACUGUUUGAAAACAAAAAUCUGAUGGGAACCAGAUACAGUCUUGGAGCGGAAAGUUCUGGAGAAGCUUUUGGAGAGUGGGUGGAAAUCUCCACAUAUACAGGAAAGCCUAGCGGAACACUGGGUUUACGAGUGACUCCGGACAUUUUCAUCGUCAACCCUCGGUGCCCCUUGUCAUGCCCUUCCAGUCUGCAGCCCCUCUUCCCUGGAGCAAAUGAAUUGGACCAAAUCUCAAAAAUCCACGAUGUCAUCGGCACACCUGCUCAGAAGACCCUCACCAAGUUCAAACAGUCGAGAGCUAUGAAUUUUGAUUUUCCUUUUAAAAAGGGAUCAGGAAUACCUCUACUGACAACCAAUUUGUCCCCACAAUGCCUCUCCCUCCUGCAUGCAAUGGUGGCCUAUGAUCCCGAUGAGAGAAUCGCCGCCCACCAGGCCCUGCAGCACCCCUACUUCCAAGAACAGAGGAAAACAGAGAAGCGGGCUCUGGGCAGCCACAGAAAAGUUUGCUUUUCAGAGCACCCUGUGGCACCAGAACCACUCAGUAACAGCUGGCAGAUUUCAAAGGAGAGCAGAAAGCAGAAACAGUCACUGAAGCAAGAGGAGGACCAUCCCAAGAGACAAGGGCCGGCCUACGCCAUGGAACUGCCCAAACUAAAGCUUUCGGGGGUGACCAAACUGUCGUCUUACUCCAGCCCCACGCUGCAGUCGGAGCUUGGAUCUGGAACAAGUGGGAAGGUGCCGGUGCUGAGACCCUUGAAGUUCAUGGGCGCGAGCAAGAAGACAGAUCCACGGAAGGACCUUAAGCCUGGCCUGCAGCAGUGUCGCCUGCCCACACUAGCACGGAAAGGUGGAGGGUACUGAGCGGCGGGGUUGUCUCGACUUCCUGGAAGCAACACACUGGCCGGCCUGCGCGAUCUGCUCCCGAGAUGCCGUGGAGGGCUCGGGUUGCGCCUGCGGUGGCUUCGCACUGGCCAGGCUCUGGGUGCUGCCCUGGCCCCCCAUGCCCACGGCCCACGCAGCUGCCCUGGAUGUUCUGAGCUAAUAUAUUUGUAAAACCACCACUUUCUAGGGUUUUCUUCCGUUUUCAUAACUAAGAAUUAGGGGCAGGGAAUAUUUUGUAACUUCUUAUAUGAAUCAGAACGAAUGAGCAGAACUGUCUGCGAUGUACUGGUGAGGCGCGGUUGGGAGGUGCGCUCUGCCCGUCCCCUGCACAUCACAGCCUGCUGCUCAGUCACGGAGCACGUCACGUCUUACCAGGGAUGCUACUGGAGACCCCUGACUUUUAUUAAAGCAUGAGCUGUCGUUACACGAUUUCAUUCUAA